AUGACUGGACGAGGAGGGGCUAAGAAGUCCCGGGCGGCGGGGCCGGCACCCCCCACGACAACCCUGGUUCUCGACAACGGCGCCGACACCAUCAAGGCUGGAUUCGUCUCCGAUGACAAGAGCGACGGCAAGCCUCGCAUCAUUCCAAACUGUCUCGCUCGAGACCGUCACAGGAAGAUCUAUGUUGGCUCGGAGCUCGAAAAAUGCAAGGACUUCAGCGAAUUGGCCUUCCGGCGCCCCGUCGAGAAGGGCUUUAUCGUCAACUGGGAGGCCCAGAAAGAGAUCUGGGAUCGCGAGUUCUUCGACGAUAAAGCUGCGCAGAAAUGCGAUCCAUCAGAGACCAGGCUCAUUCUCACAGAGCAACCAAACUCACUACCUUCUCUCCAAACACACUGUGACCAGAUCGUCUUUGAGGAGUAUGGCUUUGCGAGUUACUACCGUGGCCUGGGUCCUGUCUUCAACGCGUACCGGGACAUACAAUCCAUCUUCCGAACACCCCAAUCCACCAUAGACAGUCCAGCCCAAGUCAUCCUGCUCAUCGACUCGGGUUACUCUCACACCACCGUUACGCCUAUCCUCCAAGGCCGACCGCUACAUCCGGCCAUACGAAGACUUGAUGUGGGUGGCAAGCUCAUGACCAAUUAUCUCACCAGGUUACUGUCCGUCCGCCACUUCGACAUGCGCAACGAACCAUACAUUGUGAACGAGAUGAAAGAAGCAGUCUGUUACACCUCCCUGGACUUCAAGGGAGACCUGGAAAAGACCUGGAAAGGCACGCGCGGCGAAAAGAGGGAGGACUAUUUGAGCGGUGCUGGCAUCGCCAAAGACUACGUUCUGCCCGACUCCCACACGCGCUUCCACGGUGUUGUCCGCGACUACGAGCCUGGUGUCUCGGCGCGCGCCCGCAAGGGCAUUAUAUCCACAGAGGACGUCCUGACGCUACGGAACGAGCGUUUUGUUGUUCCGGAGCUCCUCUUCAACCCUUCUGAUAUCGGCAUCCGGCAACCUGGCAUCGCCGACCUAGUCAAGCAGUCCCUCUUGGCUGUGCCCAUUGGACUGUGGCCUGGCCUUCUGGCUAAUAUCGUAGUUGUGGGAGGAAACAGUCUCUCUGAAGGGUUCUGUCAGCGCUUGCAGACAGAGAUUCUCAAGCGAUUCCCCGAUGAAUGUAGGGUCAGAGUUGCCCGCCCGGAAGACCCUAUCAUCAGCACCUGGUUGGGAGCUGCCAAUUUCGCCAAGCAUGAACAUGCUAGUAGGCUCGAGGUCACCAAGCAAGAGUAUGAGGAACAUGGAGCAGCUUGGGUGGCAAGAAAAUUUGCUGCUGGGCUCGGACUCGACCCAUGA